CCUCCCAAGACAUUUUGGAUUUGUGGUUCCCAUCUGAAGUCCAUUCAGAUGAUCCUUAAUAAGACAGCAGACGGUACAGGCAUCAACUCCAACAUCCUAGCCUUACAGAUGAAGACCAAUCCUGAGCUGAGGGACAAGCUUCAUGACGUCACCUCUUGGGGGCCUUUACCUGUCUACCCUGGGGUGGCCAACUCAGAAUUACCUGAGGAAGUACGGUACCUGUCCUCACGGAGGCUACGAUCUACGGUCUCGGACUGGACGAUUCUUGACCUGGAUCCUAAACCGCAUGCAUAUCAGGGACGUCUGCUUCUACCAACGCUUCAUAAAACGAUGCACGCCAUAGAUGUGUCAACAUGUCGCCUUCAAUUCCUGAUUCUAAGCAUUGCUUAUUUGGUGUGGGAAAUCAAGAUAAAUAAGGGGUGGGGCUAGGUUGAUCAAGUGGGGGGGGGGGUUGAUUGUAUGCCCUAAGACCAAAUUUCUAGAGAUAAUUAUGCCAUUGUAUUGUAAGGUAUUUCUUCAAGGUGCAGUUUUAAACUUUCUUCACAGUUCGCUCUUUUAGUUUCAAGUAGUUUUGGGUUUUUUUAACCAAAACUCAUAACAAAUUGCAAGGGUUCAACCGAACAUUUCUUAUGAAAUUUGGCCAAAACAGGACUUGCCUCCAAAUGACUCGGCAAUGCCCUACGAUGUGAGAUGAGUUUCAAUCAGUGUUCAAAAAUCCAUUUUUAUGAAGAUUUGAGCAAAAAUUACUGCUUUAUUGAUUGGAAAGAAGUUAUCUUUUGUGACCGCAAUUUCUCCCCCAUUUUUGAUGUGAUUAUCUGUUGGAUGGAAUAUCUGACCAGAAAUCGUGUUGGAAUUGGGCCUCAAGUACUUUAGGCCCCCCCCCC